AUGACUUCGACAAUAGGGUCGACGUACAACCCUGAUGUACAACGAUACAUCGUCCAAGCCUCGGAUGUGCUCUCGGACCACAGGCUAACUGUAUCACCCCUUGCCGACCCCUCCACGGUCAUCUGGUACACUGAACGUUAUAUUUCUUACCCUGCUUCAGGACCCGCCGAAAUCGUCGAGAACAUCGUCCACCAACCCACGAACACAAUCUGCUGGACUGUCCACCGCCCCACAAACAUCCGUCGCCAAGGGUGGUAUGUUCGCCUGCGAUCCCCGCUAUUCCCACCCGGGGUAUCCAUCCCUCUCCAACCCGUGUCCUCGACUUCGCCCUACUACGUCGACGGAGCACUCAGUUUCAAAUGUCAGACGAAUGAUGUGUCGAGGCUUCCUCCACCACGGCCUCCUCCAUCACUGGGCUCCAGAGGCCCAGGCGAUCGAACCAGCCUGUCAAGCAUGACAAGUGCUGGAUCAUCAAGCUCUAGUUCAGUCCAUUCCUACCCACCAACACCCGCUGCAAGUCCGCCACCUUUAACCCGACGCGACCUCCCACCGAUUCGCGUUCCUCCAUUGAACAGAGGGAGGAGUCUGACGGGGGAGAAGGAGGAUGUGUAUAUCAUCGGAGACGAUCAUGACCAUGACGACCUUGAAGAGAGCACGACCCCUACUUCGGCUGCGGCCCCUACUUUACCCAAGACACCCACCUCUGCGGCACAUACACCAAUUGCGAAUGGUUUCAGUGACAUCAAGAGGCCUGUGUCGUUAUCCAAUGGGAAAGGAAAGGAGGCGCCGUUGCAGGAUGUGUCGAUGAAUCAACCGAAUCACCCGCCUGGAGCAAGACCUGGCCGCGCUCCACCACCGCGGGCUCUCCCACCAACUCGCAUCAACGAAUUCAUCCUCCUUCCGCUAUCUGAAGCUGCCAAUGCGUCUUCGGGAUCAUUCGUCAACAUCUCGACUACACCCGCCCCCUCUCCGGACUCAACACAGCCAAGCCCCACCGUUUAUCCCCACUCACACCAUCGUACACACUCCAACUCGUAUUCACGGUCUAAUCCUCCAACCACCGUGUCCACCAACUCUAGUAAACCAACGGGCAUUCUUGGAAAGGCGUUCAACAUCCUUAAAUCUACACUGCCUGCGAGCGUGACGAAUAGCCUGAACUCCACGAUGCAAGGGAACUCUUUCACCAUUGUGAGGGUGCCUGAUUUGGAGGGAGUUCCUGGUCUUAAUGGGAGUACCGGUGCACAAGGUGGAGGUGCGAUCUCGCCUCCCCCUCCAUACACGAGUAGCACCAAUCUCCUAGCUGGUCCGAGCUCGAGAGGCGAAUCUUCGUCUGGCUAUCCGUUCCAAAUUCCUCCAGCCGCGACCACCUCAGCGAUCUCCUCCACGUCGUUCGUUCAGCCGCUUCCGCCACCACUUCUCUCUUUUACUGAUGAGACCAGUCUGUUCCCUGUCACGUUUGGCCUUGGCGGGUUAUUCAAGGGAUCUGGCUCGUCGCGGUCACCGCCGUCGCUUCCAGCACACUCAAGAGCGUCGUUACAGCCUCCCCCUCGCCCUCUUACACACGCCUCUACGUCUUCAUUACCCAUUUCCUCACCCACACAUCUAUCCGCCUCUUCGGGUCCAUCUUCUUCACGUUCCUCGUCUUCCUCGUCUUCAUCUCAUUCUCGUCCCCCUCCCAAUCCGAAUUACACGACGCUGGGCACGUUGACGGUGUCUAAAUCCCAACUGGCAAGUCUAGGUGUUGAUACGGCGUUUUGGAUCACCUGUGCGUUGGUGUUUUGGGGGUAUCUGGAGGAGAGGGAGGGGUAUUUGAGUGCGAUUGAUGAUUGA